AGACCAUCCACACGUCCACAGCAGCCUUUCGUUCCACUUCGUACCCUACAUAAAGCCACUUAGAAAUACUCGCUAACGACGAUUUUCUGCAGCUCGUUUACAGCUAAACUCGGAAAAAAUGGAUAGAAGGCGCGCACCAACGCGACCAGCAUCCACGGAAGAGGUAGAUUACUGGUCGCAUGCAUCUAAGUCAUUGGCACAACUCCAAAAUAUUUAUACCCGCCCUAGUAACGUUGACACCAUCGGGCGCGUCAACAGACUGAUCUCCGCGUGGCCCACCGAUGACGUCCUUCCGGCUGAAGGGUAUGAUUUCUUGAAAACCAAUUACAAAAAGCUACAUUCAGCCUUGAAAGAAGUUCGACAUAUUGACGACGAGGAAGUCAAGGCUAUUGACAGUGUUCUCGAAAAACUCGACGUAUUGAUAGCCCUCCGAAAAGCACCAGAGUUGCUCUCACAAGAGAAGCGAAACAAGCGCCCACGGCCCCCAUCACCUACUGCCACUGCUGCAUCGGUAACACCCCCCCUGAUGUCUGCCACGCGGCCGAUGACAACUCAAGUGGCAUCUUCCCGGAGCUCAACGGGCCCUUCUCCCCCCAUACCAUUUUCGAGAGAACCAAAGGCUCGCAGAGAAGCUCUUGCGAAGCAGCUGCCGUUACAAGAAGGGCGAAAAGUCGCGUUCCACCCACCUGCAGGAAAGGCAGCCGACGGUAGUGCGGCUGACGCCGAUGAAAACACAUGGAUCUUGGCCGUUAUCACAAAAUGUAUCAACCAGGACAAGAAUCGAUAUGAGGUGCAAGACGUUGAGCCUCAAGAAGACGGACAGCCUGGACAAUGCUAUAAUACAACGCUUCGAGCCAUUAUACCACUACCGGAUCUAAGUGCCCCUCCAACAAAUGCCGCGCAUUUGAAUGCCUAUCAGGAAUUCCCUGCUGGUUCGACAGUCAUGGCGCUCUAUCCAGACACGAGCUGUUUUUACAGAGCUGAGGUUAUAUCCUCGCCAAGAGAUGUGCAGGGAAUUGGACGCGGCAUGUCCACAAAGACCAUUCCCACGUACAAGCUCAAGUUUGAAGAUGAUGAUGACCAAGAGCAUUCUGUCGCUGCACAGUGGGUUGUUGAAUGGCCCGGAGUAUGAUUAUAUCACAUGUCAUGGCAUUAAGUAUCUCUAUUUACUGUAUUUUCUCGAAGGUCCACGAUGAUCCUAGGCAGACCAAUGGAGACCGGGUUUAGUCUGACUUUGCAGCAAUGUAUUAGGGACCCCAAACACUCUUCCAUUUUUCCCACCUAUGACGCGUUUUACGGA